GGCUGGCCGCUCUGGCGCACUCCCCCGCAGGCCGAAUUACAGCUCUCCUACCAGUCCCAGGGCGCCGGAUGAUGUCAUGGGAUCCGCAGUGGAGCGAGAUGAAAGGGAGAGCGCGGAGCCCGCGGGCUGGGGGCGGGUUCCAGCACACAGCCCUCCGCUCGGCUCGGGAACCGCACGGCUGCGCGGGUCCAGCCCCUCGGCCCGGGCUGGGGAGAACCGCCGGGAUUGCCUCCUUGCAAAAAAAAAAAGGGGGGGGGCAGGAAAACAACGUGAUCCAUGUUAAACAAAAGAAUCUGUGCACUAAUGCGCACUCGGAGGCGGGAGGCUGCUUGCCUACCUGCUGAAAGGGGACUUUCUGGCUGCCCCUGCUCCUCUAUAAACCGAGCCCUGCCUUUGAUGUUCUGCAACUGAUCGCCGAUCGGAUUACGGGCAUUUCAUCUCGCUGCUCCGCUGCCUUUGAUCUGCGUGGUUAAUUUUAUUUUCCUGGAUUUGGAGUUUCGCCUGGGCUUGUGCCGACGCACGGCUCCGGGAGGGGAGAAGCGUUUGGCACCGCCGCGCUGUGCCAAAGGGAGAAGCGAGGCUGCCGAAGGUGCCGGAAGGGUGAGGGCUGGAAAGAGUUCAGCACGUUGCAGAGCUCUUCAACAAAAACACACCUGAUAAGAACCAUGGCUUUAAAGGUGCCGUUGGACCAGGAGAAGCCGCUUCUCGCCGUCGUCGUUCUGCUAGCCUGCUUGGCCUGCGAAGCGACCUGUGAGACCGGGGACUGCAGACAGCAGGAAUUCAGGGACCGGUCCGGGAACUGCGUCCCCUGUGAGCAGUGCGGGCCGGGCAUGGAGUUGUCCAAGGAAUGUGGCUUCGGCUACGGGGAGGACGCCCAGUGCGUGACCUGCCGGCCGCACAGGUUCAAGGACGACUGGGGCUUUCAGAAGUGCAAGCCGUGCCUGGACUGCGCGGCCGCGAACCGCUUCCAGAGGGCCAACUGCUCCGCCACCAGCGACGCCGCCUGCGGGGACUGCUUGCCGGGGUUUUACAGGAAGACGAAGCUGGUUGGUUUCCAAGACAUGGAGUGUGUGCCUUGCGGAGACCCGCCUCCCCCCUAUGAGCCGCACUGCACCAGCAAGGUGAACCUCGUGAGGAUCCCGUCCGCGGCCUCCAGCCCGCGGGACACGGCGCUGGCCGCCGUCAUCUGCAGUGCCCUGGCCACCGUCCUGCUGGCCCUGCUCAUCCUCUGCACCAUCUACUGUAAGAGGCAGCUGAUGGAGAAGAAACCCAGCUGGUCCCUGAGAGCUCAGGAUGCUCAGUACAGCGGCUCCGAGCUGUCCUGCUUCGACCGGCCUCAGCUGCACAAGUCCACUCCCCGAGCCCGCUGCCAGUGCCACCGGGACUUGGGCCCGGCCUGCGGGCCCGUCCGCCUGGUGCCGUCCCUGUGCUGCGACGACACCUGCAGCCUCGACCCCGCGGCGCUCGGGGGCAGGGCGCACUCCAAGGCCGCCGCACUUCAGGAGAGGAACGCAGGUCCGCGGGGGGAGCCCGCGCCGGCGCUCUUCGGGUCCCUGUCCGUCUCCGGCGAGUUCUCGGACGCCUGGCCCCUGAUGCGGAGCCCCGUUGCCGCCGACGACGACGUCUCCUUGCCGGACUCGUGCACGGAGCUCACCGGAGAGGAUGCCCACUCUCUCAGUCUGGGGGACGGAUCCUGGUCCCCGCACAGCAGUCCGGGUCUGGGCGGCGGCGGCGCUGCCGCUGCGGUCCGGGCUCCCUCUGAAAACUGCACGGGAACUCCAGAUUUCCUGGGAGCCCACUCCCCGGCCCACCCGGCGCCCGCCCAGGAGCUGCUGGCCGGCAGGACCCAGCCAGACCCCGCCGCUCCGACGCCUCUGCAGGACCAGGAGUGCCCGUGAGGAGCCCGAGGGCACGCACGCCCCCCGGCAUG